UACACCCGAAUGCGGAAUGGCCGUUCUCCUCCUUUUCUGAACCCUUUCUCUUCUCCGUGAAGGCGAAAACCCUGCGAUGCAGCAGCGAAGGCGCCCCACCGGAACGGAUGGCUCCGAUUUCUCCUACCGCAUGGUCGUCGAUUCCAGGUACACGAAGGUCGCGAAGGGAAAAUCUCGCCUCGCUUCUCUCAUCGUCUCUCAGGCCGUCAACCAAGUGAUUGGAUUUCUAUGGGUGUUUUUGUCGAUAUCACAAGAACAUGAAGUUGACGAGUUAGCGAUCCUUUCGGUCUCUGUCGGACUUGUUUCUCUUUUGAUCGGAGAAUUAGGUCGAAGGCGCAGCCAAGUGAUUUCGCUGAGAAUGUAUACUGGCCUAUCAUCUAUUGCUACUUUAUUGUCUGUCGGAAGUUUUGUUAGGAGUGACUUAUUUACCAAGGUAAUCCAUCAUCAAACAAAGGCCAUAACUACUCAUGAAAUCGUAGGAGCUGGACAUGUUUUACUUGGGGUACUGUUACAAGCAAUUGUCAUCGGUACAACAGUUGCUCUUGUUCACAACAUGUCUCCUAAGAGAGCCUCCUGAUACGCCAAACAUCAUCAGCAGCACUUUUAGUACGAUAUAGUGAUGUAGCUCUUUAUGUUUGAGUGAUUAUAUUUUAAUGAAAUUUUCGUUGGAAAUUCAUGUCAGAAGCAAGAUCAUCUGUGAUUUUUGGCGAGGGAGUCUUCUUGCUUUGAGGGAGUAUUCUUAUUUUAAAAGAUUGAUUCUUAUAAUGAACAAGCAGUCUUAUGUUGAUGCCAUAUAAGAUUUGUAACAAACAAACACAGGUUGCCAUCUUCCAUUUUAAAAAAUGUAAGAGAUGGCAAUAGAAAAAACAAUUUAAAGAGUUCA